ACUUCCCCACAGUUCUGAAUCAAUCUCCUGGAUGAGAAUGGAAGUUAUGUUUUCUUAGCAAGUGGUGUAGAAACCACUGGAGUAGAUAAACUCUCCUGAGGCUGAGGUCACUGGGCUUGCUGCUGUUUGAGCCAGCUGCAGUGGUGCAGUCUGUUACCUUGGAAACCAGCUAACACUUCCCUGAAGGGCAAGCUUCACUGUGGAGUUCCUUGGAAGAGCUUGAAGCAACUGCAAGUUGAAACCAGGAAUAGCUGGGCCCUGGGUACCAAGACCCUUCUCCCAAAGAUGGAGAAAUAAAUGAACAAAUGCAAGUUAAGAGUCUCGCUUUGUAGUGGAUAUUGGCCUUGAACUCACGGUGUGGCGCAGGCUGACCUCCACGGCAUGGCGAUCCUCCUGCCUCAGCCUCCCAAGUGUUGAGAUUACAGCAUGAAGAGAAACACUGACAGACAUCAGAAACAACUGAACCAGAAGGAUAUGAAUGGAGUUGGCCAAAAUCCAGACAAUGGAUUACUGGUUACUCAUGUUAACCAGAUGCAGGACUUACUGAAGCUGCAGGGAAGUGAGAUUCAGUCUCCAGCAUUGGAAGACUGUGAAGAUUGGCUUUCCACUCACAAUUUAAAGUUCCAGAAACUCACUUUGGCUGACCUGAUAAGUCAGGGCACAGCUGUGCUGCUUUGCUUUUUCAGGGAGGAGAGCAGCAGUGUCACACAGGAACUGCAUUUCUCCACUCAGACCAUCUGCCAUUUCGAAUCAAAGCUUUCCGAAGUUAUUGAACUCUAUCAACAGAGAAUUCAGUGGCUCACAGAAAACAGCAAGAAGGCCUUUGGCCUCAUCCGGGGGACUAGAGUGGCCAUCCUCAUUGAUGCGUCCGUGGUCGGCAGUGGCCCUGGGAUGGAAGAGUUCCAAAAUGACUUCAUGAGCCUGGUUGCCGAGCAGCUGAGCCUCAAGGAGAAGCUGUAUGUCGUGUCCUUCGGCACCGCCACCAGGCACCUCUGGCCAGACCCUGUGGAAGUCAGGACCUCCAGUCUGCAGGAACUCAAACUCUGGGUAAAGGAACUGCAGCCUGAAGGAGGCAGCAAUUUACUACAAGCCCUGAAGAAAGUCUUCACACUACAAGGCCUGAAUUCCCUGGUGACUAUAAUGAGAAGCUGCCCAGACCAGCCUCCUGAAAUUCUGUCUGACUAUGUUCAGCAGUCCACCGUGGGAAGCAGCUUCGCCAUCCACCUCGUCACCUACAAAUGUGAUGAUCAGGUGCCCGCCGCUGUCCUGAAGAACCUUGCAGAAGCACUCGGGGGGCGCUACCACUGCUACAGCCCAGAGACAGAGCUCUACACCAGUCGGGACGUGGAUGAGCUGCUGGGAGAAAUUCAGAAAGCCCAGAGCCUGCUCAACCGCGUGCAAGCUUUGCGCCAGAGCAGCCCCUGUGAGGAGCUGGCCCGCAUGAUGCAGGAAGCUGCCACAGGGUACACGAAAGGGUCGCUCACAGCUCUCUUGCCUAAAGCCCCAAAGCAUGACGCUCCUCUCAUUGUUGAGUUCCCAAACCUGGAAAAGACUUCUGCAGAAUGGCUAAAGAUCAAUGGUCUAAAAGCCAAGAAAUUAAGCCUUUACCGGGUUCUGGCACCGAAUGUGUUCUCUCCUGUAGAAGAAUUUGUGCCUAUUCUCCAGAAAAAAGUAUCGUCAACUAUCCAUGAGAAGGCAAUGGUACAGUUUGAAUGGCACGACGGGACAGUGAAGAACGUCCACGUGGAUCCACCCUUCCUCUCUGAAUACCAGAAGCAGCUCAGCAGAGCCAUGCAGAUGUAUGAGAGGCGGGUCGAGUGGCUCUCCCUGGCCAGCAGAAGGAUCUGGGGCACCAUCUGCGAAAAGAGGGUGGUUGUCCUGCUCGAUAUCUCUGUGACCAAUUCCAUGUUCAUUAUUCAUAUCCAGCACUCCCUGCGGCUGCUGCUGGAGGAGCAGCUAUCCAACAAGGACCUCUUCAACCUGGUCGCGUUUGGAAGCACAAUCGAGAGCUGGAGGCCUGAGAUGGUUCCUGUGAGCCACGACAGUUUACAGAGAGCCUGGAGGUGGGCCCUGGGCCUGCAGUGUCAGGGCAGCAGGAAUGUCCUCGGUGCCCUGCGGAAGGCUGUGGAAGUGGACUUCAGAGACAAAGAUAGACACCGGUCACAGGGCAUCUACCUCCUCACGGGAGGCAUCCCUGACCAGGAUGUGCCCACACUCAGUGCCUACAUGGCUGAGAGCUGUGGGGGCUGCGACCUCCAGCUGAACGUGUGUCUCUUCUCGGUGGGCGAGCCGCGGAUGGACAGCAUGCCUCCUGCCUGCUAUGCCAGCCACUCGGACACAGCCAGUGCCUACAGGGAGGUCACCCGGGCUACUGGUGGCCGCUUCCACUGGUUUGGAGACACAGGCAUUUAUGAGAGUGAUGACAUCAAGGCCAUCACAUCUGAGAUGGAAAAGGCCCUCGACUACUCCCAAAAGUGUGCCUUACUCGUGGCCUCCCUGAAGAACCAUUUGGGAAAAGAACUGGAAAGUGCGGCCCUGUCUAAAGAAAAGCCACAGAUGCUCAAGCAAAGAACUCAGCCCAAGAAAUCUUCUCUGCCCAAGCCUGCAGCCCCCUCAAUGGCCAGAAUGAACCUUAAAGAGGACCUGGAGAGAGAGAGGAGCCCUCCAUCAAAAGCUCUAAAAUGUCGUCCGCUCAGGGGCAAAGUGGGUAUCUCGGUCCAGCCCUUGAAAGAAGGGGCAGCAGAGUGGAGGAGGAAGACCAGAGCACAGGCAGCAGAGACGGCUCUGUCCCUGUUCUACACAGAGACCGGGAACGCCAUAGGCUCAGUAUACAAGAAGUACCCUCAGAGAACUAUAAGAAGGACCAGAUCUUCUGUUGAGUUGCCUAGGAAGGAUACAGUUUGCUCAAGCCAAGAGUGGGUAGCUAAUUACGGGUUGAAAAGGCUGAGGCUGGAGAUAUCCAGAUGCCUGGGUCCCAACUGCACGCAUCCAAAGUCAGCGCAGAGCUCGGCCAGACACUGCGAUGUCUUCCCCAGCACGGAGAUCAAAGGAGUGGUGAGACACAUUCAGUGGACACUCGGGGAAAUGGACGCAUACAUCGUGUGCCUGGAGAAGGUGAUGAGGUGCUACACCCAGAGGCUGCAGUGGCUGCUGUCUGGGAGCCGCCGACUCUUCGGUGCUGUCUUGGAGAGCAAAGUGUGCAUCCUGCUGGACACGUCAGGGUCUGUGGGCCCAUACUUGCAGCAGGUGAAGACAGAGAUGAUUCUGCUGAUCUGGGAGCAGCUGCGGAAGCGCUGUGACAGUUUUAACGUGCUCAGCUUUUCAGAGGGGCUCCAGCCAUGGCAGGACACUCUGGUGGAGACCACGGAUGCAGCAUGUCGCGAAGCCACGCAAUGGGUGACCCACCUGCAGGCCCAGGGGAGCACCUCAAUCUUGCAAGCAUUAUCGAAAGCUUUCAGUUUUCAUGAUGUGCAAGGAUUAUACCUGCUGACGGACGGGAAGCCAGACACAAGCUGCAGCCUUGUUCUGGAUGCAGUCCAAAGACUCGAGGAGGACAGGGACGUGAAGGUGCACACUGUCUCCCUGAGCUGCACAGACAGAGCAGCAGUUGAGUUCCUGAAGAAGCUGGCUUCCCUCACCGGCGGCCGGUACCACUGCCCUGUUGGGGAGGACAUGCACUGCAGGAUCCAAGGCCUGCUCACCAGGGGCUUUGUCCAUGAAAAGGAUCCCCCACUGCCACUGUUCGAAGGAGAUGACUUGAGGAGAUUAUCCCAGGAGAUCACCAAGGCCAGGAGAUUCCUUGCACGAGCCCAGGUCUUCAGAUCCCAGCUCCAGAAGAAAAGCAACACAGAAGCACGGGUUACUCCUUGUUAGAGAAAUGCUUUCAGGAGGACACAGGAAGCUGUGGCCCACAGGAAAGACCACUCCAGGUACCAGAACACACUGGAAGUCUGGAAGAAAGGCUCUGUUCUUUGACUGUGGAGCCAUCUGUAGGUCCACCCUACUCUCCUGGCCUGCUCUCCAGCACAUCCUACAUUCAUUCCGGCAAUAAGAUUGUUGCUCACGGCCCUGCAUCAAGCUCCCUGCCUGGGACAUCCUUUUUGCCACCCUCUGCCGGGGACUCUCCACUCAGGUGACAUCAGCUCCACUGUGAAGAUGUCCCUGGGGUCCACACAGAGCCGAGACCUCCAGGCAGAGUCGGAAGCUUCCAGCCGUCCUCUCCUGGCAGCCUGACUGAUGCCUCUAGUUGCACUUGGCACUUGCUUGGUUAUCUAAUUCUCCUCCUUCACCUUGGCUCCCCCAGAUGAGGCCACAGUCCUCAUCUGUGGGUCCCCAGCACCUGCCAUGUGGCAGACAUGUGGGAAGCUGUGAGCGCCCCGCAGAAUGUAGAGUCCCACUCUGGAAGCCAGACAGGUGAGGCUGCUUCUGCCUGAGGCUCCCUGUGUUCCUCCACCUCCGGGCCAAUGCAGAUUCAUGGGCAGCCAGACGUGGGGGAGGAAGAAGCCAGCAGUGUCCACCACCCCACCCAUGCCUGCUCGACCAAACUGAACUGAAGGCUGCUCCAGAACAACCCAGUCCAGAGUGAAUGUUCUGCUCAGCUCUGUGAAAAUCAGGCUUCACUGUGUGCACAUGAAAUGAAUAUGGCAUAUGUUAUGUCAUCUGCUGUCAUUUUCUAAAUCAAAAAUUGCUUUUAUUUCCAUAAAUAGGGUCGAGGUGACUUUGUUGUCUUAUUUUUUUUUUCCAGUACCGGGGAUCAAACUCAGCACCUUGCACUUGUGAGGCAGGCGUGGCACCACUGAGCUAAAUCCCCGGCCCCAUACCAUCUUUUUUUUUUUUUUUUCUGUACCAGGGAUCAAACUCUGGACCUUGCACUUUCGAGGCAGGCGUGGUGCCACUGAGCUAAAUCGCCAGCCUUUACUUUGUUUUUUGGUGAUUGUUGUUACUCAGCUCUUGGCAGUGCUAAGGGUGGAACCCAGGGCCUCACACAUGCUAGGCAAGUGCUCUACGCUGAGCUGCAUCCCCAGCCCAAUUUUAACUGUGUGAAGUGAUUAUUGCUGUAUGUAUGUAUAAAUUUUUAAUGAGACAAA